AUGGACCAGCAGGAAUGUGCCAUACAUGCUUAUAAUUGGGUUGAUGACGAUGACGAUGAUGAUGAUAGUGGCAGUAUGGACGAUUUUAAGAAUGCAUCCAAGUUUGAACUGGAACAUCAGCUAAGAUGUUUUCCUGAGAAAAGGUCUCCCAAACGAGAGGAAGCACUAUCAUCGAUUGUUGAAGCCUUAAAUAUCAAGCCAGAGCAUGAGUUUGUGGAUGAGAAUUCGAUUACAUUACUAUAUCAAUGCUUGAAUGUCAUGAAGAAAGGAUCUGCUAAAGAGCUACGGCUAGCAACAGAGGCCAUUGGGUUGAUCGCAAUGGUAAUUCGUUGCCCGGACAAGGCACGGGAAGUGUAUAUAGAUUCAGUUCCUGCACUUUCCAAUCUUCUCAAAACCAAGUGUAAUGACUCAAAGGCACUACAUUCUUUGGCCAUGGUAGCUUUUUUCACCGCAGAUAGUUACAUAGAUGAGACUGAACAAGCAAUGCUAUUGAUAUGGAAUUUCAUUAAUCCUGAAUGUAGCAUGGAUUCAAGUAAACACCCACCAGCUAUUCUAGCAGCUGCAAUAUCUGCUUGGUGCUUUCUUCUCUCAACCCUCGAUGGAUGGAGACUCAGUUACAAGUAUUGGCAAGGGGCAAUUUCAUAUUUUUCAGACCUAAUAGCAAAUAAGGAUGAAAAAGUCCGUAAAGCAGCCAGUGUGGCUCUAGCUCUGAUAUUUGAAACCAACACUUUGGAGAAGUUCACAACUCAUGAAAGUGUUACUUCAGAAAAGCAAGAAGAGAAGAACAAGAUUAUUGACAAACUGAGAAGCCAGUCCAAUGAUAUGUCAAAUGAAGGGAAUUGUCCAGAUAAAUAUGUCAAGUUUGGUGAAUAUGAAGUCACUUUAUCAACAUGGUCUCAGAUAAUACAGCUAAACUUUCUGGAGCAAUUUCUAGGAAAAGAUGGAUUUAUCAACCACAUGAUGGAAAAUGAAAACUUCCAUGAACUUUUUGAGCUUCUGCCUAAAGAAAGGCCUCCUCCAGCCAAUAUGCCGUUCAUUCCAGAGACAGAACACGUCACUGUUGAAUUUUAUUUGCCUCGGAUUCUAAGAGCGAAACCAUUCACAAGCUCUUCGCAAUCGAAGCUGGAGAGGAAAAUGACCAAGUCUCCUAAUUCUCUCGUGAGUAAGACAAGGACCAAGUUCCUGAACAAGCAGCGAGCUAUAUCACAGGAAAAGGCCAUUAGCUGCUUAGCUGUUGAUGAUUAA